GUCAAUGAUUUCAUCAGUGAUAUGAAGACGAGAUGCAAUUCAAUCCAUCUGGAUAAUCUUUUGACUGAUCUUGGUGAGCGUGAGGCGAGAUCAUUUACUUUGGAAUAUGCGACUCAAGUGAAGACUGAUUAUAUGUUGAUGAUUGACGCUGAUGUGCACUUAGUAAAUGCGGAUACGCUGCGAAUUCUCGUCGAAACUGCUUAUAAUCUCAAAAUUGGUAUACUGUCACCGUUGGUUGUUCAACAGGAUAAAUUCUUCUCGAAUUUCUGGGGAGCCAUCUCCGAGAAUGGUUAUUAUGCACGAUCGCACGACUAUAUUGAAAUUGUGAAACAGCAAAGAACGGGCAUCUGGAAUGUGCCGUUUAUAAAUUCUGUUUAUCUGAUCGCAAACUGGAAGUUUGAUCACCUCAAGGAGGCAUACUCGGCUAAUCCGAAACUGGAUCCUGAUAUGGCUUUCUGUGAUUUUGCACGAUCAUCGGGACAUUUUAUGUAUGUGGAUAAUCGUCAAUACUUUGGCUUUCUGGUUAUCAGUGAUGAUUUCGAUCCAACAAAAUUACAUCCUGAAAUGUAUCAGAUCUUUGAUAAUCGCUACUUGUGGGAAUCGCGCUACAUUCCCAAGGAAUACUUCAAUGUGUUAGCACCGGAGGCUCCAGUCAAUCAGCCGUGUCAGGAUGUUUAUGACUUCCCACUGAUGUCCGAAAUGUUUUGUAAGGAACUAAUUGAAGAAAUGGAGAAUUUUGGUGAAUGGUCUUCUGGUAAAAAUCAGGUAAUGAGAUAG